AUGCUGGCAGAUUUUAAAAUCGAACCGGUUUUCUCAACUUGUCAAUUGUGUUUUUCAGGCUCCUGGGCGGGCAACAGACUCCUCUGCAACAUCUGGCUCACAGUCGACAACAUCAACUGCACGGCCACUUGUUUCGCCAUUCUGACCAUCGGCAUCGAUCGCUAUUGGUCAGUGGCACAUCCGUUCCAUUACAGGACAAAUAUGAGUCAGAAGUGGGUUGUCCUUUACAUUUCCAUCACCUGGUCUGUCCCCUUCCUCAUCUACGUUCCCUCAAUCUUCAUGAUCCAGCAGUUUGAACUACUUGGUCCGGAUCGAAACUUCACCGAGAACCGAACAUGCCAAGUUCAUUUCCGGUCGAACCUUAUCUGGGUUUUCGCGAUGACACUUGUCAAUUUUUGGGCAGUUUUGGUAACGCUUACAGUUUUGUAUGUGAAGAUCUAUAAAGUCACAAAAUUUUUCUGGAGCCGAAGGAGUAACCGAAGCAACCUUCCGACUCCAAAUAUUCGCCAGGAACCCUCGGGGUCCCAACUGGGUUCCAGGAACAACCAAUCCAGCAGCCAGAUGGACGCGGCCGGGUUCAACUCAAACAACCCUGAAAUAUGUAUCACAUCAAACGGAUUCGAUAAAAACGCCAUCAUUCGCAAUUCCUCCGAGGGAAUGGACGUCCGAGUUUCCCAAUCCGAAGAAUACCUUUCGAAGCGAUUCACAAAACGGCAAUCUAGAGAUUCUAAUGGAAAAACAAUCGAUAAUAACAUAAAUGCGAGCGUCUCGGCAAUUCAAAUGGCUCCGUGUCAAAAACGACGAGAUAGCAAUAACCGAAAUACUUCGAAUCGGAACUGGCCCACUUAUGACGAACCAAAAUCUGCUAAGCUCCCGCCCAAAUUCAAAACAGGAUCUAUUUCACUCGGCGUUCCUCCCCCAGACCACUAUACGUUCCGACGGCACUCCUCGGCGUGUCCCGGAGACAUCCCCAAAUUGGGGGGACCCCCGCCCCCCAGUCCUUCGUUUCAGGACUCGACCCGACUGAGAAUCAAACGAGUGAGCGAAGCUAUUUUGCGACUUCCGCUGCAGCUGAUCGAAAAUAUGAGUGAACAAAAAACUUCAAUGCGAAUCUUGACUGCAAUUAUGACGUCAUUUGUGGUGUGUUGGAGCCCAUACAGUAUAGUAGCAAUUGUUCACGCUUUCCAACCGGAAGUAAUCAGCGCUAAAUUGGUUGAAUUGUUUUAUGCUUUCUCUUACUUAAGCUGUCUUGUCAACCCAAUUGUAUACACAUGCGCAAAUCUGGCGUUCAGAGAUGCAUUUAAGAAGAUAAUAAACCUGGAUGAACUCAGAUCUUGCUGCUUCAAACCCGGUUUCAAAAUACCCGGAAACUUGUAUGCAACUACAAGAGUUUAGCACUUAAUGAACAAAGUUUUGUAUUUCUACCCUUCAAAAGAAUUCGAAUCCUGAA